UCAAAAAAGUUACUCUAUAAGACCAUAGUAUAGUAACACGAGUAGGAGUAACACCAAUAAUUUAUUCGUGGCAACAUUUUAGAGCAAGACUUCCUUUGUACACCAAUCGACCGUUUCUUUCUUCCCUCUUCCAAACUUGAAAAACCUCUCUUUUUCUCUUUUCUGAUGACUGCUAUAAACCCAGUUUUACCAUUUUUGGUAAGAAAUCAGAACACCAUUUUCCCAGAAAAAAACCCAGAAGAAGAAGAAGACGAAGAAGAAGAAGGAGGAGAGAGAAAGAGAACAAUGUUCUACUCACAGUGUCUUCUAUCAAGUAAAGGACCAUUGGGUGCUAUUUGGGUUGCUGGCUAUUUCUUCAAACGCCUCAAAAAACGUCAAGUUACUGACACUGAUAUUAUCUCUUCUGUUGAUAAAGUUCUUCGAGAAGGAUUGCCAUCUGUUACAUACAGGAUUUUGGCUUAUCUUCUCCUUGGCGUCGUGAGAAUCUAUUCCAAGAAAGUCGAAUAUUUAUUUAAUGACUGUCACGAAACUGUUUCCUAUAUCAAUAGAUUCUCUGUUGGCAAAAAGGUAGUUUCCUUUAGAGAUAUUGUGCGAUCUUCUCCUUCCAUUACCCUGCCGGAGCGGUAUGAACUUGAUACUUUUCAACUGGAGGUUGCAGAUUGUGCAAGCAAGUGCAAUAUUGCACGAAAUGAAGAUAUUAGUAUCAAAGUUGGUGCAGGGAAAGAUGUUUUUUCUCAAUACUCUUUAGAUAAGGUAAUCUUUCUUUUUUGUACCUUAAGUAAGUAUUCUGAAGUUACUAGAUCCAUUUACAUCUAUUUUUAGAGGAAUUUUUCUUUUAGUGAAAAAUUUUAUCAGCUUCCAUCAGAUUUUCUGAGUAGUCAAUAUGACUGAAGUUAUAGUCAUAUUAAGAGGCUGGGAAUCUUUUGAAGGCUAAACAGCUAAAUUAUAUUUGGAUAUUUUCAACCCUCAAGUUGAUGUAUCGGUAACAUUUGGAUUGUUGAAAGAUGAAUCACAUAUAAAGAUGUAAUCAGCACUCAUCUCAUGUGUAAAAAGUAUUAAUUAACCACAAGUAGUCAGUCAAACUAAAAUUGUGGUGUUUGCUGUGCUCUUUCUGAUAUUCGGUAUUACUUAAUUCAUCCUACCUAAAUUAGAGAUCAUCCAAAUCAUUUAUAAAUCACCCAAUCAAAGUCUUAAUCUCAUAAGUGGGAUCGCCUACAUGAACCAAAAGUGAGUAUUCCGUAUAGUCAUGUGCAAAAAUCUUCCUCCUCCAUCCCCCGCAAUCAAAUACCUCGUCCUCAUGCAAAUCCAUUUGCUUCAUAUCCUUCCUGACUUCUUCCAACCAAGUCAUUUUCGGUCUCCCUCUACCUCGUUGAAGCUAUCCAUGAACCCACUCUUCGUCCCGGUGUACCCUAGGGUCUCCGUCUUACAUGCCCGAACCAACACAGGCAAUUUUCCCUGAUUUGUCUGUAAUGCCUGCAACUCCCACUUUCUUGCGAAUAGCUGUCCUUUAUUUGCUAUGGGUGACUGGAGCAUCUUUGUACUUAAAAUCACUCAAUGUGGCUUAUAACUUCUUGGUUUUGUAGCAUAUUUUGCUCUGUAAGGCUUUUUGAGGGUGACAAUGUCAUUGUUAUGCAAC